UGAAGUUGUCGGAGUACUCCCCCCAUUGGCUCCCGCUCCACCACGUGAUCAUUUCUGUCAUGUUCUGCUCAUGUCAACAUCCCAGUCCUAUUAUUUUCCCCUUUUUCUUAUUUAAUAAGUCCCAAUUAACACGACCAAACCGUAAUUUUUCACUCAGUGUUCACUCUGUCGUCUUCAACUGAAUAAUUGGAAUGAAAAUAACUUCAUUAAUGUUCCAUUCACCGACCGAACAAUUGAGGUGCAAUAAAAAUCUGACGCAUGAUUGUUUGGUAGUUGUUUGUUGAUGAAAAAUGUCCAACUCUGACACUGGUGAGGGUUGCAUCAGUGAGGUUACACUGGCUAUUAGUAAAGCAAGGGGUUCUCACAAUCAGGCAGGUGCCAGGAGAAUACUCGAUAGUCCAGACUCCGAUGAAUCUGGCAGAUCCCAAUCAUUCACUGUGCAGAGUUAUGAUUACACAGAUAAUGGAUCACCAAAUAAUAAUCUUGGGCUUCCUGAUGGGGUUUCCACUCCUGUCACCCCCGAUGACCUGAGAAUACCCAUUGUUGGGUAUGAAGUCAUGGAGGAACGAGCUAGAUUUACAGUGUAUAAACUGCGAGUCGAGUUGAAAAACGGCGAUUGCUGGUUCGUCUUCCGCAGAUACACGGACUUUGUACGAUUAUUAUCGCAAUUACGAAGGCAGAAACUCCCAAUAGCCCAUUUAUCUUUACCCCGAAAGAAAUGGAUUGGAGACAACUUUGCACCGAGUUUCCUCGAGGAGAGGAUUCGAGGACUCCAGGUGUUUGUUAAUAAUCUUCUUGGGACUGCAGUACUGAUCAGCAACAAGAGUGUUCGAGAGUUUUUCUGUCUCGAUGAGCCACCAGCGUUGUCUGACACUGCUGAGGAAGCACGUGCAAUUUUUGAGGCUCUAGAGGACACAAUUUAUCACUUGAGGCAGCAACUGAGGGAGAGGGAUGCAGCAUUGGCAGCUGAACGCAAUAUUUCCAAUGAACUUAGAAACAAACUCCAUCGAAUAAUGACUGAGAAGCAGCAGUGUUCAAAAUGCGGUGCCUUGGACAAUCUCUGAGUGAAAAAUAUUUUCUUGAGAAAGAAAAUGUCAUUGAUAUUAUAUAGAAAAGACUCAAUUAUAUUUUUACAAACAUCACAUUUCGUACUUCGAGCUGGCAAACGGCAUUCACAUUCACAUUCUUCUAUAUAUAUAUACAAAAAUUAUAGUAUCUGAUACAUAUCUCCGUUAUUGUUGUAAACAAGGUGUUGCGUAAUUUUGAUAAAAAAUUGUUUAAACUUA